AUGGUUAUCAUCGCAUCGGUGUCUACCACUGACCUUGGCAUUGAGUUCAUCGCGGGCGAUCGGGCCGCUCCCAACGAGGAGACGAGAACACGGUUAUUACUACUAUUUUCACACUUUAAAUUGGACGAAAUUCCUUUGAAAAUAACAGCACUGCUUUCAGAGGAACUAGUCAGCACCUUGGAAAGGGUAAAUCUUGGCGUCGAACCAGCUGUAUGUGAUCGCGAUGCACAUAUUGAAGGAGAUGUUGUUGUUCGUGCCCGUGGUCUACCAUGGCAGGCGUCCGAUUGCCAUGUUGCCCAGUUCUUUGCUGGACUCGAAAUUGCACCAGGUGGCAUCGCACUCUGCUUGUCUGCUGAAGGCAGACGAAAUGGAGAAGCGCUGGUCCGAUUCAAAACACCGGAAAUGCGAGAGUUGGCGUUGAAGCGACAUCGACAUUUCCUCCUGUCCAGGUAUUGA